CCACACUUUUAAUUACUAUAUACACACUACUAAUACAGAUUAGACACCUGUAAUUAAUUCUUGGACUAAAUGCAUCAAAUUACCGCAAAGAGAGGGGAAAAGAGAGAGAACCCUAAAAAAAAGGAGUAACAAAUUAAAUUGAAUGAACAAAAAAAAACAAGGACCCUUACUUAAUAACAAACUCCCACCAAAAUCUCACUCUUUUACCCUAUAAAAGCCCAUUUCUUCAUUGAGAAUAAACACCAAGACAAUAAAUUUCGAGCCAUUGCCAGAAGAAGAAGAAGCAACUUCCUCUUCUUCUAGGCAUAAUAAAACCGAAAAAUAAAAAUAAAACAUAUAUAUACAGUCUUGUUUGUAGUUCUUACAAAAACCAAAAAAAAAAAAAAGAAUAAGCUAUGGCUUCAAGCAGGAGCCUCUUCUCCGUGGCAUUGUUCGUCUGCAUGUUGGCCGGUGCAGUAGCGGAGGAUCCCUACCUCUUCUUCGACUGGAAAGUGACGUACGGCACCAUCGCACCACUCGGUGUGCCCCAGCAGGGUAUAUUAAUCAACGGUGAAUUUCCGGGCCCCAUAAUCAACUGCACGUCAAACAACAACAUCGUGGUCAACGUCUUCAACUACCUCGACGAACCACUCCUCUUAACAUGGGGCGGCAUUCAGCAGAGGAAAAACUCGUGGCAGGACGGUACACCUGGCACUAUGUGCCCUAUUCUCCCCGGCACAAACUACACCUAUAAAUUCCAGGUCAAGGACCAGAUCGGAAGUUACAUUUACUUCCCGACCACCGGUCUUCAACGCGCUUCCGGCGGGAUGGGCAUGCUCCAGGUACACAGCCGUGAGCUGAUUCCUGUUCCUUUCGAUAUGCCUGCCGACGAAUUCGCCGUUCUUCUAGGAGAUUGGUACAAUAAGGGCCACAAAACCCUAAAGAAAAUUCUCGAUUCCGGCCGAUCUAUUGGCAAGCCUGACGGUAUCCAGAUCAAUGGAAAGUCGAGCAAGGUCGGUGAUGUGGCAGCUCAGCCACUCGCAGUCAUGGAGCCAGGCAAGACCUACAGGUACAGAGUUUGCAACGUCGGGAUGAAGCUUUCUGUGAAUUUCAGAUUCCAGGGCCAUACAAUGAAGUUGGUUGAAUUGGAAGGGUCACACACCGUGCAGAAUGUGUACGAUUCUCUUGAUCUUCACGUCGGGCAGUGUUUGUCUGUCUUGGUGACUGCCAAUCAAGCACCCAAAGACUACUACUUGGUCGUUUCCAGCAGAUUCUCGAAGCAGGUGAUGUCAUCUGUGGCUGUGAUCAAAUACAAGAACGCCAACGGAGCUGCAUCGACGGUGAUCCCACCACCACCAGCGGAGAACAGGGUCGGAAUCGCGUGGUCGAUGAACCAGUUCAGAUCUUUCAGGUGGAACCUCACCGCCAGCGCUGCCCGCCCCAACCCACAGGGAUCGUACCACUACGGGAAAAUCAACAUCACACGCACAAUCAAAAUCGCCAACACCCACGCAGUUGUUGAUGGCAAGCUCCGUUUCGGAAUCAACGGAAUAUCCCACGUGAACACAGAAACACCGUUGAAGCUGGCUGAGUACUUUGGCCUCGGCGACAAGGUUUUCACCUACAAUCUCAUGAAGGACGAGCCAACAGAGGGUGACAACAAACUCGUGGUUGCCCCAAGCGUAGUGAACGCGACUUUCAGGAACUUCGUCGAGAUCAUCUUCGAGAACCGUGAGAAGACUAUCCAGACAUGGCACUUGGACGGUUAUUCCUUCUUCGCGGUGGCGGUCGAGCCAGGGAGGUGGUCCCCAGAGAAGAGGAAGACCUACAACUUGUUGGAUGCGGUGAGCAGGCACACAAUCCAGGUGUACCCUAAUUCGUGGUCUGCAGUGAUGACAACUCUUGACAAUGCCGGUAUGUGGAAUCUGAGAUCGGAUAUGUUGGAGAGGACUUAUUUGGGACAACAGUUUUACUUCAGCGUUCUAUCGCCGGAGAAUUCAUUGAGGGACGAGUACAACAUUUUCCCCACACAACAGCUCUGCGGUAUUGUCAGUGGUCUGCCCAUGCCUGCUCCAUACCAUUAAAGAAGAAGAAGGAGAGGAAGUAGAAGCAGUCGGCUUCUUUAAUGUUUCUUGAUUUUGUAAACCAACACCUAAAUGUAUGUAUUGUUUCUUUUCCGAAUGAAUAAUAAACGAUUUAUUU